UGUCCGGAGACGACGACGUGCCGCUAAUUUUAACGUGGGACGAUGGAAACAGCGGGUUACUGGGCGAAGACGACCCGGACCAGGCGGACGGGAGAAUGAAGAUUUCUCGGCAGUGCGGAAUGCAGUGACAACCUACACCUUGGUGGAAGUGCAGUUCCCUUGGCCUGCUGGUGAAACUGAGCUCAGCAAAACUGAGCGCAAAGUUGGAUUACGUUUAUCUGUACUCUGGUUGAUUAAAUUCAGCUGUCAAACCAAAUGUUAUAUCCAAUGCAGCUUAUGUGGGCCUCUUAACAAAGGCUGGAUCUGUUUUGGGUUUUUCAAAGGAAUCUAGUGGUUGAUUUGGAACAUCUGUGCAAUUUGUAAUUACUCAGGUGUUUUCAUCUAUAUCUAACAGACACAGAAAUCAAGCACAUAGCCUUGUAGUGUCUGUAGACAAACCCAUGGAGUAGAAGGGGUUGUACUGAAGAGCUCAGGGACAUGGUGCUAUCAGAGGAUGCCACCUUUACCACGAGUCAGUUCAUAAUGGUUGCACCUUGUUAGAUUGUCCUUGGUCAGCUCUAAUUGUGAUUACAGCUGAACUAUUCCAACUCCCAGUACAGGGCCACCGAAUGCUGAACUAUUCCAACUCCCAGUACAGGGCCACUUGAUGCUGAACUAUUCAAACUCCCAGUACAGGGCUAGUGAGUGCUGAAGUGCGUAGCAUGUAAACCACACCCAUCCUGUCUCAUUCACCACGAAGCUCCAAACAGCCUCUGGUAGGAACAUCAGCACAAGAACUGGGUGUCUGGAACUUUGUGAAAUGGGUUUCCAUGUCUACGCAGCUGUACACAAGUCUGAGGUCACUGCACGGUGGGCACUGGAGAGGUGUAAGUACACAGCUGCAGGACUGGAGCACUGGGAAUGUGUUCUCUGGAGUGAUGAAUCACGUCUACUGGAAGGCACAGUGGACACAGUUGUUUGGUGGAGAAGUUCUAGUGAAGGUUGAUGUUACUGCAACAGCACACAGAGCUGUGUUACACAAUUAUAAACCCCCAGCUUAGUGGCAGUAUGAUGGCCACCAUCACUUAUGAAGGUUAAAUGGGCGCUCUGGCUCUUUGGUCCAGUGGACAGAACUCAUGUUUACCUGGGUGGAGUCCCUGUUCCAGCAUGAGCGUGUCCCUGUGCGCAAAGCAAGGUCCAUAAUGAACCUGAACGCUCACCUGAACCCCAGUUAACAUCUGUCAGCAGCUAGCUAGGCCUGUCUGUCCAACAUAGAACUCUUAAGACUGAAUGAGCACAAAUGCACAGACAGACACAGAAAUACAAAUAUACCCACGCAGACGUGUCAGGUUUUUCAGUUAAAUGUCUUUGGUGGAGUUCAGUCCAUGGGACGAUUUACUACUCAGUAAUGACAGCUAAAAUGGCUGUGUGAUCAUGAAUUAUGCAUGAAUUAGGCUUAUGACUGCUAUUCCCUGAAUAUGGGCAAAGGGUGUGUCUCAAAUGUCUGUUAUUUUCUUAUAUCCAGUCAAAUAAUGGAAGACAGGAUGAUCUAAGCGAAUAGCGUUAAGGUCUCAGAUAAGCUCACCAUAGACAAAGACGUCCCGCCUGCGCUUGUGGAGGAGAACACGAAUUCAGAGUUGUCAGUAGGUCCAGAACCAGUGAUCUUACCUGGCUAAUCUGCAUUUAUGAUACAUUCAUUUAUUUAUUAUUACAUUACAAGCCCGUACACGUGCAUAUUUGUUUUUUUUUUAAAUGGAUGCAGCUAUACAUUUGAAUUUCAUCCAAGUUGCCACCAGCCGCCUUUCCAUACUAUUGGUUUCUGUUCUGCCGUACUCUUCUGCCCCCUUGUGGUGUAGCGUGGUACAGCACCUCACUGACAGGUCCAAGUAAACCAGUUUUGCCGCGGUCACUUAGAGUCGUGGGGAUUGUGAAGUGCCGCAAACGUCUCACUAGUCUCUGGGAGUUGAGGAAGGCAUUAUGGGUAAUAAAAAUUAUAAUAAUAACAAGUUGUUCUAAGACCCCUAACCCUCAGUUGCUCAAGUUGUCAAGCUCUUGCCUUGGAUAAAAGUGUCAGCUGAAUGCCAUAAGUGUAAAUAUGACAUGUAUACCAGUUCAUACAGACAGGGAUGGCAUUAAUUUGUUAAAGUAGAAAAUCAUGUUUCUGAAAGAGUGCCAGUGUCUCACUGGGCCACUCUUAUUUAACUUUGGGCUAGCUUACCACAGCUGUACAGAUGACACUCAGGUUUCCUUAGACCUCUCCCCAGACAACUACAGUUCCCUUGACUCUCUUUGGAAGUGCUUUCAGCACAUCACUAUAGUUAUUAUAUUUGGGAACAGCAGUGUGAGGCACAGACUAGCUGCCUGUUUGGACUUGGGAGCCCUCUGAUCUAAAGAGCUAGCUCCAAUCUUUGGCAUAGUAAUAGACUUUGCUCUCAGCAGUCACAUCGUCAAGUAUCAAAAUUUGAUCACCUUAAGAACUUCAACUAGAUCUGAGGUUUCCUGAAAAGCCGCUCUAGAGAAACUCGUCUGCUUUUAUCUCCAGCAGAGUUCAUCACUGGACUGGCUUUAUAACUUUUCAUUUCCAGCACUGCACUACAUUUAUUUUAAUUCCUAGUUUAUUCUGUCUUUGAAUCUUUUAUUUUGACAUUUACAUGUUUAAUUUGAACUUUAAGCACUUUAAAUGUUAACAUUUCUUUUACUUCCUAGUUGAUUCCUAUUCAAACUGUUCAGUUGAAAUGAAUUGCUUUUGAUGGAAUCUUUUACAUUUAAAUCAGUAGUUUUGUUUAUCUACGUAACAGCUUUUAUUUGAACCACUUUGGAAUUGUUUCUGCGUGAACAGUGCUAUGUAAAUGAACUUGCCUUGCUGUGUCAUUUGUAUAGUCAAUCAGAGAGGCCCUGACCAGACACGUGUGUUUACAUAACACCUACUUUACACCUACACUCGCCUGCCACUUUAUUACAAACACCUACUAAACCAAACUAAACUAGCUCAACUAAACUAAUGUGGCUGGUUUGAUGAGAAGCGGGUUUGGCUGGAUCACGGUGGUGUGAACAGGCAUGGACUCCACUGUGUAUGGCGUUGUCUUUAGUUUUUAUUCUAAAAUCCCUGGGCUGUUUUAAUCUUCCUUUUUUUUGUGGUUUGACAGGACUUGAGUUUGAUUUUGGAUUUGAGUUUCUCUUCCUUAAGAAACCCUCUGUUCCCCGCUGAAAAAGUUUUGUCAUGGAUGUGGUUCUGCUUUCACUGCUGACUGAGAGGUGUCUCUUUCCACUUCGAUGAAGCAACAGAAAUGAAAUGGAGUUGGGAACUAUGACAAUAUAAACAAUGUAAGCAUCCCGGGACCCUCGGACUCAAGAGCCCAGAGUUCAUUGCGGCAUAGCUGGGAAAUGAACUACCAGGAAGCUGCUAUAUAUUUACAGGAAGGGGAGAAUAAUGAUAAAUUUUACACUCACCCUCGGAGUGCUCUGGCGCUGAGUGCGUACCUGUUUGUCCAUAAUCACCUGUUCUACCUGAUGGAGCUGCUGACUGGAGUUCUGCUGAUGAUACUGUCACUGGCCGAGGCUCCUGCCGUGCCCUCUCUGCGACUGGACGUCUACGUCCACGCCACUCUGGAGCUCUUCGCAUUGGUGAUGGUGGCAUUUGAACUGUGUAUGAAGCUACGAUGGCUUGGCUUUCACACCUUUAUACGGCACAAGAGAACCAUGGUUAAGACGUGUGUGUUGUUUAUCCAGUUCACUGAGGCCAUCGUGGUCCUGGUGCGUCAGACGUCUCACCUGCGUGUGACGCGUGCACUGAGACCCAUUUUCCUGGUGGACUGCAGAUACUGUGGAGCUGUGCGCAGGAACUUGCGUCAGAUCUUUCAGUCUCUCCCUUCGUUCAUAGACAUCCUCCUUCUUCUCCUCUUCUUCAUGAUCAUCUUCGCUAUUCUCGGCUUCUGCCUGUUCUCAACCAAUCCGGCUGACCCUUAUUUUAACACGUUGGAAAACAGCAUCGUGAGUUUGUUUGUCUUGCUGACCACUGCAAAUUUCCCUGACGUGAUGAUGCCAGCGUAUGCAAGGAACCGAUGCUCCUGUGUUUUCUUCAUCGUUUAUCUUUCCAUCGAGCUCUACUUCAUCAUGAACCUCCUGCUAGCUGUGGUCUUUGACACCUUUAACGGAGUGGAGAAGGUGAAGUUCAAAUCUCUGCUUCUGCACAAACGCUCAGCCAUGCGACACGCCUUCCAGCUGUUGGUCAGUAGACAGAGGCCUGAUGGAGUUUCUCUGAAGCAGUUUGAUGGGCUUCUGCGAUUCUACCGACCACGAAUGAGCGCUCGUGAUCGGUUCCUCACCUUUAAAGCUCUCAACCAAUCAGGAACCACCAUGCUCAGCCUCGAGGACUUUUACAAGAUCUAUGAGGUGAUGGGUCUGAAAUGGAGGGCGCGAAGGAGUGGCGAGUACUGGUUUGAUGAUCUACCUCAUACUGCCUUCCUCAUUUUCAAAGGGAUCAACCUGGUGGUAAAAUCCAAGGCCUUUCAGUAUGUCAUGUAUAUUGUUGUCGCUGUCAAUGGAGUCUGGAUUCUGGUGGAGACCAACAUGUUAAAUAGUGGUUUCUCCUGGUCUCGUUUUGUUCCAUGGAGUUACAUUGUCUUCCUCACAAUUUAUGGUGUAGAGGUCCUGUUAAAGAUCACUGGUCUUGGACCAGUAGCGUACUUCAGCUCUGGAUGGAACCUGUUUGACUUCUCUGUGACCGUCUUUGCCUUUCUGGGAUUGAUUGCUCUGGCCUUCGACAUGGAGCCUUUCUACUUCAUUGUGGUUCUUAGACCACUGCAGCUCCUUCGCCUGUUUAAAAUCAAACAGCGUUACCGAAAUGUGCUGGACACCAUGUUUGAGCUCUUCCCACGCAUGGCCAGUCUGGGGUUAACGCUCAUCAUUUUUUACUACUCUUUUGCCAUUGUUGGAAUGGAGUUUUUCGCUGAUGUCAUUUAUCCUAACUGCUGCAACACCAGCACUGUUGCAGAUUCUUAUCGGCAGGUAAACGUAACCAUCGGCAACCGAACAGUCCUGGAGGAAGGAUACUACUAUCUCAAUAACUUCAACAACAUUCUCAACAGCUUUGUGACCUUGUUUGAGCUGACUGUGGUGAAUAACUGGUAUAUUACUAUGGAGGGCGUGACCUCACAGACCUCUCACUGGAGCCGCCUGUAUUUCAUGACUUUCUACAUCGUCACCAUGGUUGUCAUGACGAUAAUUGUAGCCUUCAUCCUUGACGCCUUUGUCUUCCGUAUGAACUACAGUCGGAAGAACAGAGAAUCCCUGGAUGACCCAGAAGAUGAGAAGGGCAUUGUGAUGGAAGCAGAAGUCCUACAGGAUGAGGCUCUGCAGACGUUGGACCUGUAUAGACACACACUUGCUGGGACUAACCUGAGCUCUCUACAGGAAAUGUGCGUCACCAUGGAGAGGAAUAGGCAUUCUAGUUUAGUAUUCUUGGGUCGGAGGUCACGAACUAAAAGUGAUUUGAGUAUGAAGAUGUAUCAGGAAGAGAUACAGGAAUGGUAUAAAGAAUAUUCCAGAACAAAUCUACCUCUACCUGAGGGGCUUCACAGAGACCUUGACGCACCUGUCCCACACAGAGACACACCUGUCCCACACACCUGUCCCUCACAGACUAUUAACUAACACACAGACAAACAAACAAAA